ACAUUUUAUUUUUACUGUGCAAGAGUUUAGAUCAGAGUUUGGAGUAGAGAUCUGUCAAAAACACCUGUCACAAAAAUUAUCUAUACACACUGUAAUAAAAAAUAAAAAAAAAUAAAAAAAUGACGACUUCGUUUCAGACACAACUUUUGAGUGCUUUAGGAAGUAAAACAAAAUAUCUGGCAGAAUUAAAGAAAACAAUUGCACGCCCAUUAAUACAACUCGCAGUGAAAGCAAUAGAACAGGAACACAUAGAGGAAGGUGUGCUGGAGCGGAUAAGCAAGAAGUAUAACACGCCCGAAGACCAAGUGGAUGAAUAUUACGCUGCUAUUUUCACAAUUCUAAAAAUAUAUCUACGUUCUCAGUAUCACAAUAUCAAACCUGCAGAGUUCAAGCAGUGUUUAAAAGAACUGAAAUUGACUUCAGAUUGUACAGAAGAUUUAUGUUCCGUAAUUUAUGGUCCAAAGAGAUCAGAUCUAAUUUCGGGAUUGAUUCAGAAAACAAAAUUCAAUCCACAAUUGGUAUCUUGCAGAUGGCGGGUGGAUAUUAUUAUUUCCUCUAGUAUAUUAAACAGAGUGCUAGAACCAACUAUCAUAAUGGAGUGGAUCCUCAAUACGGGAGAAUGCAUAACGUUUGAAUUAUCCUUGGCAAAGUUUCAUCAGUUAAGACAUACCAUAGCUACAAUUCUCGUCGAGUUGCAGACGUUAGAGCGACACAGCAUCUUCAGAACUAUUCAAUCCAGCUGAUUGUGAACACAAACUUCAAUAGUGUCCCAAAAGUCGAGUCGUGUAACUUUCUAAGAACAGUUGCUGUCAUCCAUGAAUGUCUGGAUCUAUCAUAUAAUUGUUGAAUAAAUAUACCGAUAUUUUUUUCUGCUCAUUUAUAUAACAUCUAACAUUGUGUAUAUUGUUUGUAAGUUUCCAAAUAUUAAAUUAAUACACAUAUA